CCACGUUGGGGGCUAGUAAGUGGUACAGUAACAGGGAACAUGCCGAAAGUCAGAGCGGAGAAGAAAACACGGAGGCAUCAGGAGGUUAAGAGUCAGGGGGUUUUGUUCAACACUGGACUAGGACAGCAUAUUCUGAAGAAUCCCUUGAUUGUGAACAGCAUUAUUGAUAAGGCUGCAAUAAGACCUACAGAUGUGGUGCUUGAAGUUGGCCCCGGUACUGGUAACAUGACCAUGAAGCUGUUAGAAAAGGCAAAAAGGGUGGUUGCUUGUGAACUUGACACACGCCUUGUUGCAGAGCUUCAAAAAAGAGUCCAAGGCUCGGCAGUUGCAAGUAAACUCCAAGUCAUGGUUGGCGAUGUUUUGAAGACAGACCUGCCUUUCUUUGAUCUCUGCGUGGCUAACUUGCCUUAUCAGAUUUCCUCCCCAUUUGUUUUCAAACUUCUUCUUCAUCGACCAUUUUUUAGGUGUGCGGUGCUGAUGUUUCAAAGAGAAUUUGCACUGCGCUUGGUGGCCAAACCUGGAGAUAAACUGUACUGCAGGCUUUCCAUUAACACUCAGCUCUUGGCUCGUGUUGAUCACAUCAUGAAAGUAGGAAAGAAUAAUUUCAGGCCCCCUCCAAAAGUUGAAUCCAGUGUAGUCCGGAUAGAGCCCAAAAAUCCUCCACCUCCUAUUAAUUUUCAGGAAUGGGACGGGCUGGUCAGGAUUGCAUUUGUUCGAAAAAAUAAAACCCUUGCAGCAGCUUUCAAAUCCACGGCUGUGCAAGAGCUGCUUGAGAAAAAUUACAAAAUCCAUUGCUCGCUGCAUAAUAUUUCGGUGCCAGAAAACUUCAGUAUUGCAGAAAAAAUUGAAGGAGUUCUCACAGAAACCGGAUUCAGCGAAAAACGUGCCCGUUCAAUGGAUAUCGAUGAUUUUAUGGCACUCCUUCAUGGAUUUAAUUCACAAGGAAUCCACUUUACAUAAGCACCUUGGGACUCUCCGCUGACCCCGGCAGUUUGGUGACAAUGGAUUUCUGUCACAGGGAGGAAUCGGCCACUGAUCUUGCAGUUUGUGUAGAAUGGUUCUCAUUUGUACAGUUUCUCUUCCACACUACCUGCACAUUACUGUUGUGAACACUGAAAUAAUGUGUGACCUGAAAUGUAAAAUAACUUAUACAAAGCCAAGUCUGAUAAUGUCUGGGCAACACAAGGAGAGGAAAUAGAAAUUCUGCUUGUUGGCUACAAGCCAAUUGCUUACUUUUUCCCCAGACCAAUGCUGGAUUUAGUACUGUGACCCAUGCAUCAUUUUGGUCAUUCUCAAUGCUCAGUUUCAGCUUCUUCAGACUUGUACAUGGACCCAAUAGUACAUUUUGGGCUACUGGGCACAUUGGAGGCUAGAAAGCCACAAGGGUGCAUUGGGAGAACUCUAGGUAAGAAAGGUCCCUGGCGCCAUUACAAUUUUUUCCCAAACAGAAGCACCAGUCUGGGGGAAAAGUUUUCUGGGUGGUUCACCUUUAAGUUAGCUUUUAGUUUGUUAUAGAAUGGCCACUUCUUAGCAACUUUUCAACUGGUCUUCAUGCUAUUAAAAUUGUUUUUGGAUUAUUUGCCUUCCUCUUCUGCCUCUUUCCAGCUUUCAAACGGGGUUCACUGACCCCAGCAGUGGCUACAAUCUUGAGGCUACAAUAUCAUUGUUAUUUUCUAAUAUCUUUCUAUUUAGGCCUCUCCUCUUCAUACUUCAAUCUUGCACAUCACUAUCUAGUUGCUAGGGUAAUUUGGACCCCAGCAAACAUAUAGGUGCUAUAAACUGGAGCAUUGCUGAAUAAAAAGCUCAAUAAUGAAAAAAAACACAAAUAAAAAAAUGAAGACCUAUUGCAAAGUGUCUCAGAAUAGCACUCUCUAUACAUACUAAUAGUAAUGGUGAACAAACCCUUUAAUAUGCUGGGGAGUGUUUAAUAUGUCCUUUGAUUAUGGUUUCUUGCUAUUAUUUAACAUACAAUCACAACUAUUUUAUCCAACUCUCGGACAAUAUAACCUAUUUAUAAACCAGGUUUACUUUCUCUGUAUCUUUUCUAAAUAUAUAUACUGUAUAUUUCUAUGUAAGGGAGCUGCAACAUUGCUGUACAUCUACUGAACGAUUGAUUCUUGCAAAGAUUUGAAGCAGUGUCCCCAGAGAGACUGGAUAAUGAUGGAAGUGGCUUGGCUCUUGCUGGCUGUAAAGAGAAACACAACAUUUAAACAAAAAAUCCUGCAGACCCAAGAGCAACAAUUUUACUCAGCAAUAAACGCACAUCUAUGCAAUGUGUUUGGCUCCAGCUUU